AGUCCAGCCUUGAGAAUGCGUGGCCUGGGCCAGAUCCCACUGCUGACAGCUAGCUAACUCUAUCCGGCCUAGCCAGAUGGCACGGUACAGUCGGUAUCACCGGAUCCGAUCAAGUGUGCACCUGCACAGGGCGAGGGCCGGAGGAGUGUAGCUCAAACCGUGCUAACUCCUGCCUCGGAUCAAGUGAGCGAGGCCAGCCGGCGGCAGGUCGAUGAAUGAGUAAAGACUCCAUAGGCGUAGAUCUACGAUCGCGUCAACGCCGGAAAGACCCAGUUCACGUGGAUUUUUUGCUUCAUUUGCUCGUUCGACCUUUCGCUGUCAGCAGCUCCCAGAAAUAUUCCUGGAGCUCACCCAGCGGAGUAAGACUAAGAGAAGAGAGGGGCUGCUGAGCGUAUUCUAUCUGCUUUGCAAGUCAAGAGACUCAACACAAACUAUUCAAGUGAAAUCCAGGCCUGGGCACUGCUAAGCUCAGCCUCAGGCUGAUCCACUCCGUGAAGACGCAGUAGAUCUACUCGACACAUGUAGAUUCUACACAGCAACGCGUGCACUGCAGUCAGGUUUAGAAGAGAGCUAGCGUCGAGUGCUAGUGCAGUCUGUCAUCAACUAAUCAUAGUAAUCUUCACAUGAGGGGCUCAUUCACAGUCUAGCAGUACAGCGAUAUCCCCAGUGUCCGGUGAUUUUACGCUGGUGGUUCUGUUCCGGUGUAGACUCUACUCCACGCCGCUGCACCGCUGCACCUGCAGCUACAACACUCAGCGUUCAAAAUCUGCAAUAGAUCAUCAACGCAUACCAUCUGAAUGCCAGUCAGCACAUCAAUCCGCUACACAGCGAGCAAGUGUUUGUCGCUGUGUCGACCGCUGCUCGCCAUUCCCGAAAUUGGCGGCGGCCCUGGUCUUGCCGGCGUUCUGCUACUGCAACCGGACAUGGGUUGUUGCGUAUCGUGCAUGGACGCAUGCUGCGACUGCUGCUGCGUCUGCUGCUGUGGUCGGCAGCGUGGUCGGCGUCGUCGACGGGUCGGCAGGGGCGAGCGCAACAGUCUGAAGCGGACAGCCCUGAACAAAGUCUCGGUGCGACGUUUGCCGAAGGAGGAGGAAUCGGCAAGGGAAGCUCUUGCGCCGGAUAAGUCAGCGCCGGAAGUCGAGCAGCUUCAGGAUUAUGAUCUCUCUGCGCCACCCAACGGACACAUUGAAUCAGGCGCAACGGAUGACAGGCAUGCCCGGGCAGACGUUGGCGAUGAGAAUGAGCCUUCGGAUGACGAGGCGGUGCAGGUAACGACAACAGUCGGCGAAGCUUUUGAAAUCGAAAUACACGGCAACUCGCCGGAAGUGACCGAGGACAGUCAGCGUGAAGAGGUUGAGGAGCCAACGGCCGAGCUGGAAGUGAUUGAGAACACUGAAGCAGCUCAGGAACCAGAGCCAGUUCCCAGUCCUGAACCUGAACCCGAACCUGAAAUAGAAGACGAGCCCAGGGAGGAUGAAAAGGAGAAAGAGGAAGAAGAGGAGGAUGAGGAGGAGGAUGACGAUGACGAUUACGACUUCAGCUUUACUAUGCCAACAAUGGUGACGUCUGCAGCAGUUGUGGAGGUCGAGGAGAGCUCCAUGCAGCUGAAAAAAGUCUCGGAGGUUGUUCAGAUAGAGGAAGUCGAGCAUGAGCUUGAGGCCGCUCAUGAGCUGGAUCACGACAAUUCAAAACUGGACUUGGACAAAUCAACUGAAGAUGUCUCGCUGGUGGAGAACGCCGAAUAGGAUCGAGGGGAUGCCAAGGACGCAAACAGACAGCCACCAGCGACUUGUGUGCGUGCAAUGGAUGUGAACCGGCCACGCGUGCUUCGAAAUCUGUACCCGUAACGAGUCGUGAAUGUGGCGAGUGUAACAGUAGCGUGCUGGUACGAGUUGCAUGUCACUCACGGCACCGCACUCACGGCACCGCUUCUCUACACACGCGUCAGCAGUGUGCACUAGGACGCAGCUUUAAGAAAGCCAAUAGCUCUGUCGUGCUGCAUUGAGAUUUGCCUGUGAAACUGCAGCGUAGCCUCUGGCGGCCAUUACUCUCCAUAGGGGGUUGAGAUUAUCUUUUCUUUUCACUCAUUGCUGACUUAACGUUGUCUAGGAAUUUUACUAGCACCGCUUCGUUUUCUGCUGUUCGUUUGGUGAAUGUGAACAAGAGAAUUCAAGAUAACAAUUUAA